AUGCCAAACAGAGUCGCUUUACCGCCGCUGAAGACAUGGCCAAGUCACAUACUCCACCACGUCAUCAGCCAAUGGUUCCUCAUCACUAUGCUCCUCCUUAUCCUGUUCGCCUCCCAAGUUCAAGUGCCCUCUAGUCAACAAGCAACCAAAUCGGUUAUUGUCUCCUACCUCUUGGUCUCCAUUAUCUUCUUCAUCACCGGCUGUACGCUUUCCACGUCCAUCUUGAUGCAGAAUGCUGGUCGCUGGAAGACUCACCUUUGGGUUCAGGGGAACUGUUUCCUCACAUGCUCGGCGUUGAUGUUUGGGCUCGUUAGCGCGACGGCCGCAGGUUCAGGCAAGGACGGGUGGAUGGAUGGUGGAUUAUUGAUUGGAAUGGUUUUCAUGGGCUGCCUCCCGACGACUCUGGCGAGCAAUGUUGUCAUGACGGGGCAGGCAGGGGGGAACGUUGCUUUGACGGUAGUCGAAGUGGUGGUUGGGAAUUUGAUCGGCGUCUUCUUAUCGCCGGGACUGGUGCUUCUGUACACCGGAGUCGAUACUUGGUACAACGGGGUUCUACCAACUGGGUCUCUAGACGAUAUUGGAGCGGUGUUCCGGAGGGUGCUGAUGCAGCUAGGCCUGUCGAUCUAUGUGCCCUUGGCAGUCGGCCAGGUCGUGAGGUGGUUCUUCGAGAAACAGUGCGACUUGGUCUUCAAGAAAUACAAGCUGGGCAAGCUCGGCGCCUUUUGUAUCUUGGUCGUUCAAUGGUCAACAUUCGACCAAGCGUUUCGAUCAGGGGCAUUUGAGACUAUCAAAGGAAGCAACAUGGCAUUCAUUGUGCUCAUCCUGAUGGCCAUGUUCUGGGUCUACUUUGGCAUUGCAUUUGGCGGUUCUUGGGCGUGGUACGGCAGGAAAGAAAUCAUCUCAAUCACAUAUUGCGUGGCGGCGAAGGGACUGGCAUUUGGAGUGCCGUUGUCGAACGCGAUGUUCCGCGGCAUUGGGUUGGAGUUGAGCAGUAAGCUGCAGAUUCCGAUCGUCAUUUACGCGGCGAUACAGAUGGCGUUUGGGAGUAUUCUGGUUGUGUUCUUCAAAAAGUGGAACACCAAUGCAGAGAAGAAAGAGAAAGGAAUUCGGGAAGGUGAUGAGACAUGCCAUUCUCCAGAGGUGGUAGAGAGCCAUGCAGACGCAAAUGGUCAUGUUAGCGACAGUCAUCUACCAGAUACAACGACAGCGGGAGAGGAGAAAGCCGGUCUAAACAAGUAG